CCUCGAUCGAGGGCAUCCCAGAUCUGACGUUCGACGCGCUCAUGAGGCAACUAGCAUCGCAGAAGGGUGACAACAUAAUCGCGAUCUUGGAUUGCUGUCACUCUGGCGGUAUGGGCAGGGAUGGCCCGGGACCGAAUGGCACUCCCCGCGCACUGUUUGAUGAUGAAACUCAUGUCCCUCUCCCGGAAACGCUUGACCAGCAUAUACGCAGUUGGCAUGAUGGCGAAGCCGUCGGGCGCGACGUGACGCCGCAGGCACCGACCGGCUUCGCAUGGCCCGCGAUGCGCUCGCACGUCCUUCUGGCGGCUUGUCUCCCGGAGGAAAAGGCGAUCGAGAACCGUGUCGCCCUACGUUCCGAGGGUGACGUCACUGUGCCGUCGGAGGAGUCAGUCACUCGCGGGUUAUUCACCCUCUACCUUCUCGCAUUUCUCCGGAGAGCGCAUGAAGGGACACAGCUCAGCGAGCUCACAUACGCGGAUCUAACAGAGCGUCUGGCGAAGGAGAGCGGAGGGGCUGUUCAGCUCUAUGGAGCUUCGCUCGACAAGCAGCAUCCCAUCUGCGAGGGAUAUAACAAGGAUCGCCUGCUAUUCAGUCUCGCUAGGGGCAGGAAACGAGAGCCGAAAUACGCGGUUACGCAGAGAAAAGGAGAGUUCUGGGUAUACGCUGGCAGUGCUGUCGGUGUUAUGGAGGGCUCACGCUUCGCUGUCGUUGACAUAUCCGCAGAUGGCGUCUCUGCACUUCGGCAGGGCGUCGUCAUCCUCGAGGCCAAAGAAGUAUGGAGCGAUCGUUGCAAGUGUACUGCGAUCUGGGACGCAGAUGUUCCGCCUCCUGAUGUUGUCGAACUCACAGACGAUAUGCGAGCCAUCGUGUUGCGCUGGUCACCGGAGACGAUGCACGUCUGGACCUCACCAGGCGUUGAGCUGCCAGCCAACUUGAAUGCGGGAGGCUCCUUCGCCUUUUCUGUGGUCUACGACAGGCGGAAGUGCGACGUCUCCCUCGAGCUGGACGAGUCCGGGACCAACUGGAUCCUGACACGGUUCGACCCUCUCACUGCACGAUAUGCCAAAGCGUCAAGUCUGACGCUGAACGUCACCACCGUGGACCCGUGGGACAUCCUCGGGCAUGUAGCGCACUGGAACUUCCAUAUGUAUCGAUAUAACACUGUCGAGGCCAUUAGACAACAGCUCAAGGUCAGGGUAGAGUUGUAUCGUCUCAAGGAGACGGAUGUGGGCCUGAUACAGCCUCUGCUGGAGCCCGAGGGCGCGGACUUAUUCGAGGACGUCAAGCCGAUGGGGUUACCACCUUGGGCACAGAAGGUGCAUCCGCGCGACUCCGAAUCGAAGUAUGCUUUCGAAAAACUGGAGAAGGAAGCAAUCAUUGAAGACAUCACUGCAUACUAUGGUCUGGCCGUGCGCAAUGAAUCCGACUAUCCUUUGUUUGUUUAUGUCUUCUACUUCGAUCCCAACGAUUGCGGCAUCCAGAAAUGGUAUCCGCCUGACAGCUACGACGCAGAGUGGCGGCCCCUACCGAAACGACAACGGAAGGAUAACAUUUUGACCAUCGGCUAUGGUGAGGGUGGAAUAGACCCCUUGAAGUUCGAGCUGAAAGACGGCGAUCGCCGGGACACGGGCUUUCUGAAGAUCUUCGUAUCCAUGUCUCGGGUUGACAUGGACUUCAUUCAACAAGAUCCCCUCCAUGAACAAUCUGCAGCUCGCCACGGACAACUGGCGCCCCUCCCAGUCCAGCCUCAAUGGUGCUCUUCAGUGUAUGCAUUAACUGUACACGGUGAGGAGUGAUUCAACACGGCUUGGGGACCAGGUGGCAUUGUCAUCAUUUUUUCGAGAGCAAUUGAAAGAGCCCGGAUCUUGUUUUCUUCUCUGCUGUGAAUACU